CAAAGCAAGAUGGCGGCGCUGUGAGUGAGGAGGACAGUGAGAGGAAUCCGGAGAGAUGGAGGGAGAAGUGGAGGUGAUUAUUCCGGGGGAAGAGGAGAGAAACACUCCGCACUGUCCACACGGACCCACAGUGUUAUUUCAGGUCAUGUGCAGAGGAGAGAAGAGUGGAAGGAGAUUUUAUGCCUGUUCUGCAUGUCGAGACAGAAAAGACUGCAGCUUCUUUCAGUGGGAGAAUGAAAAGGUAUCAGAGGAGCGACUGCGUGUGAGAGAGGCGCAGAACCAGAUGAAGAGGCCGUCCUUCACUCACUCAGAAUACUGCACGAGGUUCAGAGAGUUUGUUUCCCUGCCGCUGGAUCAGAGGAGGUUCUGUGUGGACUGUCAGCUGCUGCUGCUUCCUGCCGAGUGGAGCGCACACGCCUCACACCAGGCGCUUUCUGAUGACAUCACAGUGACACGGCUGAGGAGGCCCAGCCUGCUGCUUUGUGCUUUGGAGAAUAAGAAGAGUAACGCGCAGUACCUGUUCGCCGACCGCAGCUGCCGUUUCCUUCUGGAUGUGCUCUCUGGGUUAGGAUACCGGAAGGUUCUUUGCAUCGGGACGCCACGAUUACACGAGCUGAUUAAGAUCCGGAGUGCAGAGGACAAAACGAACUCCAUGAAGAGUUUAUUACUGGAUAUUGAUUUCAGAUAUUCCCAGUUUUACCCGCAGAAUGAAUUCUGUCAUUAUAACAUGUUUAAUCAUCACUUCUUUGAUGGAAAGGAAUCGGUUGACGUUUUCCUGGACUUCCUGUCAGAGGAAGCUGGUAAUAAAGUUGUGAUGGUCACAGAUCCACCCUUUGGAGGUCUGGUGAAGCUUCUGGGCCACACAUUCUCGAAGAUAUCACACACGUGGAGGAGUCUACAGGGAACUGAGAGCGGCGGUGUGUCCGAGAUGCCCAUGGUGUGGAUAUUCCCGUACUACUUUGAGCCGAGGAUCCUCGACUGCUUCCCUGCCUUCACCAUGUUGGAUUAUCAGGUGGAUUAUGAUAAUCAUCCUCUGUACAAACGCGGGACGAUGGGCCGUAAGCAGUCCCCAGUCCGACUGUUCACUAACCUCUGUCCCAAAGACAUCGUCCUGCCUAAAGACGAAGGCUACAGGUUCUGUAGUAUCUGUGAGAGGUACGUCUCCGCGGAGAACCGGCACUGCCCCGACUGUAACGCCUGCACAUCCAAGAAUGGAAGACCAUGGAGGCAUUGUGCUGAAUGUGGGAAGUGUGUGAAGCCCUCAUGGCAUCACUGUUCCUCCUGCAGUCGCUGUGUGCUUCCAGACCAUCGCUGCGGACAAACCGGCUGCUACAACUGUGGUGAUCCUGGACACAAACACAAAGCCUGCCCUCUCAAACACAGGAAGAAUGUCCAGAGUGCUAAAGGACCGUCCAAACACCACAGCAAGGCAUCGAAGCGCACAGCUACGAAAAGGAAAACCAGAAAUACACACAGGAAGAAGAAGAAAAAGGUCACAUGAGGAGCUCCAGAUUGGAGUGAGCAUGAUGUACAGGGUGAGGUUCAAAGGACGUUCAGUGGAACGAGAAUCUCAGAUCUCUUUUACAAACAUGUGGAGAGCAAAAUGUCCUGCACAUUCUGGCUCUUUGGAAAUAAACUUUUUUUUUUUUCCCCCUUCA